UACGGAUUUUUAAAUCAAUUCCAUACUCUGCAUUAUAAUUAUAGCUACAUGCUAAUACUACUUUUUUCACAAUUAACAAUUUAUUAAAGUAGGUUCAGAUCAGAUCAGCCUUUAACUGUCCACUCCCUCUUGUGGGGUUUUGCCAGUAAUUGCCAAGCUUGUCAGACGGGUUGGCAAUCGCAGUUAGGCUUAAGAAAUGAUUUAAAAGGAACGCUGCUGCCAAUCCCUCGUCCUCCUUUAGUCGAUUCUUACGACACCCACGGGAAAAGAAGGGGUGGCCUAUUCUAUGCCGGAACUACACGGUAAAGUAGCUUAAUUCUCUGAAUAUUGUAAUAUUAAUUAAAGUUAAAAAUAAAAUUAAAAAAUUUAUACUGUUUAACGAUCAUGAAUUAGAAUAGCCACUUUUUAAUAUUUAAUGAAAAGUACUAAAAUAAAAAUAUGAUCGAUAAAUUUUUAAAGAAUUAUUUAUAGUAGCUGUAAUUAUAGUAGCAAAGUUUGCUAUAUCGACUAUAAUUUCUCUAUAGAAAAAAAGGAUAACUGGUAUGUUUUAGUAGAUGUAGUUAUUUUUUUUACUGGUUUGAUAAAUGUUACUUUUCAAUGUACAAAUGUGAAAUGGAAAAAGCAUCAUUGUAUCGUUAAAAAAUAUUAAAGAAUAUUGUUAAAAGUUGUGUUUUAAUUGGCAAUUACGCGACUGAAAAUUGGUUAUUUUUAAAUGGAAUAAAAUAACAUUUGACGGUUUGCUACAGUCAAUUCUGUCCUUUGUAUGGUGAAACAAUGUUUUCUUUUGAAAUUAGAAUAGUGUCGUUGAUAAUAUCGGGAAUUCUUAUCGAUGUAAUUUUUGCUGGUAUAUCACCAGUUCAUGAUCUUAGAGAAAAAGUAAACCAACAAUUGGUUGGUGAAAGGUUUUUAUUAAAUUCUCCGCAUAAAGUCAUACAACAUUUAGAUAAUUCAAUAUUGAAAGUGACUAAAAAUGUGACUCAAAAUCCACGAAUGGAAGAAAAUCUUUAUCAAAUUUCUAAAGAUCUUGUUUCAGCUAUACUUUCAAAAUUAGAAAUACAAGACAAAUUAACAAGAAUUACGAGAGAGGCUCUAGAAGCCCCUGGUAAGAAUAAAGGUAUCACAGCAAUUGAAACAAGACGUAUUUUAGACUACUUGUCAAGAACAUUAUCGAGUCAUAUUCUUAGUAUAACAAAAUUGUCGACUGAACCAGAACUACAUAGGUUAGUAUACGGACUAGCCCAAAUUGCUGCUGAAAUAUCAAUAAUAUCUGCUUUAAAGGAUAUUACGUAUGCAACAACCUUAUCUAAAAAACAAUCUGUAGAUUUAUCACUUCGUAAAAAAAGAGCGGUGCCAGUAGAAAAUAUAUUAGUAACACCAGAACCUUUAAAUUAUAAUAAACCAACGAUUUAUAGUAUUUUAUUAAAUAAGAGUGCAGUUAAUAUUAAUAAUUAUAAGAAAGCAAACUCAACCUUGACACUUUAUAGUAAAAAUAAUUUAUCUCCGUAUUCAGUUAUCCCAAAAAAUAACCAAAAACAACUUCAAUUCUUAAAUAAAAAACCAAUAGUACAAAUUGCAGUAAAAGGAUUUUUAAAUCAGACAGCCUUAGAUUUAGAAAACAGUGAUAUCAAUAUAAAUGAAACUGAAAGAAUAAUUUUAGAUAAAACUAUAAAUACCACUCAUCAUGUGGCAACUGAUAGUCAUACUUUAGAUACACAAGAACUAAAUGCACCAGAUUUAAUGGAUGAUUGGCUUGAUUCUAAAGAUAAUACAUAUAGAACGGUACUAAAUUCCGAUAUUGUUGCUGAAAUGGAGUUUGAUCAGGCUGAGAUAGAAGACGCGACAUUAAAUGAAAAGAAAGCUAAACAAAAAUUUGAAAAGUUAGAAGUUAAGGCUAAAAAGGCAAUAUUAUAUGCUGGAGAUGUUGCAUAUUUAACUGCAGCGAGUGUUGUGGCUAUGAGACGAGCUUUAACCGCCUCAAUAGAAGUCCAAAUGUCUGUAAAGUUUGCUAAAAACGGAAUGUCAAGUCAUCAAGAUUUAAUGAUGAAUUUAGCAAAAACUGCCGCUCAGCAAGCUGGAAAGGAAGCUAAAAGUGCUACAUCCAAGUCUCUCGCAUGUGAACGAGUAAUGAAAUUGGCUUUGAAAUACACAGCACAAUCUCAUGGUGCUAAACUAAAUCACGUUGCAAAUAGAAUAAUUAUGGAUACUUUGUCUUUAGCAACGUUAGCAAAAUCUAUGGCGUUUGUAUCUUCAGAUAUUGCGAUUAAUUCUCUUUACAAAGCGACCGACGUUAAGCCUCCGACACCGUAGUAAGCAAUAGCAUUUAAUAAAAGUAUUUAUAAUUAAA